GAAGUUGCCCGUGCAGCCCGCCUCUCCAGGUCCAUAAGUAGCACAGGCGGAAGGACUCACUUCCUUUUGCGGAACUCAGCAAGUGAGAGGCUGUGUCCACCGCUGCCAGCUCUGUGAAAGGCCGCGAAGGGACCCAGGCUCCGGCCGAGUCAGGUGCGUGCAGCACAAGCCAUCUUCCCUAAGCUCGUCCCUCUUGGGCCUAACCAGAUUCAUCAUGCCUCGUGGUCACAACAGCAAAUGCCGGGCUCAUCACAAGUGCCCACAAGCCGGAGGUGACAGUAAAGUUUGUGAUGUUGCACAGGAAGCCGUGCUAUCCAGACCAGAAGCCGAGGCAUUAAAAGCAGAAGCAGAAAAAGGAGCAGGGGCAGCAGCAGUGGGAGAAGAAAAAGAAGAGGAAGAGGAAUCAUCUUUUUCCCAGGACCCCCCUGGUGCUGCUUCCUGUAUCCCUUCCCUAUCUCAGAAGAGAACACCAUCCAUUACUGGCCUUUCUGAGGAUGGUACUUCUGUGACUUCUGAGGUAGUUUCCAAUUUCGCGUAUGAGGAGAACAUUUCUGAAGCCAGUUUCUACAGUGAGUGUUUAUUGGAUCCACCUACUUCCCCAGUUGAAAGGUUGGAGUGGUCCAUGCUCCACAAAUUUCAUUUGAGGAAGUUCUUCACCAGGGCAGAAUUGCUGACUGACCUCACCCCGAGGAGCAGACAUGAAUUUCCUGAGAUUUUCAAGAGUGCCUGUGCGCACCUGGAGGCAGUCUUCGCAGUUGAAGUGGUAGAAGUGGAGUCCGCCCGUCACUCCUACAACCUUUUCAGCACGCUGAACCUCCCCAACAAUGGGAGGAUUCGCUCUGGCAGGGGCUACCCUAAGACCGGGCUGCUGAUGAAAGUCCUGGCUGUGAUCGUGAUGAAGGACCACCGUGCAGCUGAGGAAGAUAUCUGGAAAUUCCUCAGAAAGUUGCAAGUGUACCCCGGAAAGAAGCACAUCAUGUUUGGAGAACCCAAGAAGCUCCUCACCCAAGAUUUCGUGAGGCUGAACUACCUGGUGUACCAGCAGGUGCCCGGCAGCGAUCCUCCACGCCAUGAGUUCCUGUGGGGUCCGGAAGCCCGUGCCGAGAGCAACAAGGAGAAAAUCCUGAAGUAUUUCAAGAGGAUCAAUAAGAUUGCCCCGACCUACUUCUCAAAUCUGUUUGAAGACGCCGGAAAAGAGGAGAACGAAAGAUUCCAAAAGUUCUUUUGUGCCAAGCCUCGCUCUACCAAUCCUAGGGCAGUUGCCAGGGCCAAAUGUCGUGUUGCUUCUUCUAAGCCUUUUGAUGUCUAAGUCUGUAGAUUCUUCAGUUAGGAAAAUAGGUUUUACAGUAGGGAGUUUGUUGCAGGUGUUAACACACCACAAUAGGGAGCUAGGUGGUGAUGCAGUGGAGAAAAGUUUUGUAAGGUGUUCAUUUUAUGCUUUGGUUUUAUAUAAUUAAAUGUUUUAAACUGUUUCUUGAUGCAUGCCUGGA